AUGAGCCCUGGGGGUGCGGGUUGCUCCGCUGGGCUGCUGCUGACCGUGGGCUGGCUGCUCCUGGCGGGCCUUCGGUCCUCCGGCGCCACGAAUGUCACCGCCCUGCAGGAGUCAGGCUUCACCCGCGACGGGGACGGGGACAGCGACGGCGAGGGCGACGGCGACGGCGACAGCGAGGGCGAGAACGAGGACGACAGCUACAACGAAGUGUCAGAGAAGGAGGCCCCGACCGAGGCCGGGGAUGAUGUUUUGAACAAGACAGUAGUCAAAGAAGUAGAGUUUGGAAUGUGUACAGCCACAUGUGGUAUAGGUUUUAGAGAAGUUUUAUUAACAAAUGGGUGUCCUGGAGGUGAAUCGAAGUGUAUUGUUCGGGUAGAAGAAUGCCGUGGACCAGUAGAUUGUGGCUGGGGUCGACCAAUUUCAGAAAGUCUUGAAACUGUUAAAAUGGCUUGCAUUCGUACAUUUCCUGUAAAUCGGUUCAAAUAUGUGUGGAAAAUUCUAAGGUCAAACCAACAACCUGUUGUACUUUCAAAUGAUUCAGCAAUCUUGGAAGUACGAAGAGAUGUUCAUCCCCGGGCUUUUGAGUGUGACACUCUGGAGAGCAAUGAAGUGGUAGCAUCUGUCAGAUUCACAGUUUAUACAUUGAAUGAAAUGCAGAUGAGAUCAACCCGACCAGACACUGAUAUAGUCCUAGUCUUUGUGCUGACUACUGGAGUCAUUAUCUGUAUAUUCAUAAUCUUCAUACUGAUCUUCAUAAUUAUAAAUUGGGUGGCAGUGAAGGCUUUCUGGGGGGCGAAAGCCUCUACAACGGAGAUACAUUCUGAGAUGGGUUCUAUGAAAUACAAAGAUUUAAGUGCUCUUGACAGUGUACCAGCAGGAGUACCCAGACAGGAAGAUGAUAUGUUAAGUGAAUGGAAUGAAGAAGGUGGUAUGGAUGAUGUAAAAUGAAGCAAAGUAUAUUAGAGCUAUCAGAUUCAUUAUUAUAAAAAUAAAAUAUUUACCAAAAUGCUUUAAUAAUGUUGCAGUAAAUUUACCGCAGUCUGGAGGUGUGCAUUGUGAAGGGAGAUUUCUUUUAAUCAGUGCAUUUUUGUGGCAGUUAUCAAAAAUUACUUUUAAUUUGUUCUUGACCCCAUUUGCACAGUAGCUUGGAGGUAUUUUUCUAAAGGUAUACACAAACGAUUUUAAUCACUUCUAAGAUCAUUUGCCUUUUUCAUUUUAAAUAAGGAAAAUGUAAAACGUGUCUUGGUAUUAGAUUUUCUCUCUCCCAGGACCACUAGAUCAAACUUGUUAAGCAGUUCACAUUUUAAACCCUCUGCAGGUAUGUAACAUACAAUGCAUCAUUUGUAAGACAUGAAAUAGUAACAGUAACCAAGGCUUAGUGACCACUAUGUCCUAAGCACUGCCAAAAUCAUUUUAUGUGUAUUAGGUUGUGUAAUUUUGUUUGUAUAAAGGAAAUACAUAAGAUAGAACUGAAGAUGAACUUAGUGCUGGCCAGGGAAAUGACAUGAAUUUAACAGCUUGUGGUUCUCACAGAAACAGUGGAUUAAAGACUCUUGAAUGGCCUUUGAUAAGAUCUUUAUUAUGCUUAGUAUGCAGGUGAUGACAUCUGAGAACUUGUGUUUAUUUCUGAGAAUUAUCAUUGUCUUUUUUUGUGCUGUUAUGUGAUACACUUAUGGACUAUCAAACAAGAUGCCAAGACAAAUAAUUUGAGUCAGUAGACGUCCUUAGAAUUAAUUUUCAGAGGUUACAAUAGUAACAUAAAAUAAUUUUUUAUGUAUAUAUGAAUCCUUUAUUGCUCUUAUCGUGUGAUUUAUCUCAUGAUACUAUUAAUUCUGUACAACUGCAUAGAAGAUACUGUAACUGGGCAUUUAUGAUAUAACGCAACUCUCCCAGGAGUCUAGAAAUGGGUGAUAUUAUGAAAUUAGUCAUGUUUUCCAUUAUAGAACAUUUGUAUUUGAGAGAAACAGUGAUGUACUGGCUGGAAAAUCAUUUUCUUAUCUGUUGUGGGAAAUCCACUGGAGAUUAUAAGUGAAAAGAAAUUGUUUUCAUAAAAUCUUCCAAACUAUAUCCUCCAAUAAAUUUUUUUUAUAAAA